AUGAGCCAGCUCGAAAGGAUUCGUGCUUUCGUGGAGUGGACCAACAAAGUAGGCGGAUUCAAGCACGAGGCGAUUGACUUACAAUUUAUUGAUGAUGAACAAGGAAUGAGUGGGACUCUUAACUCGGAUAUAGAGGCAUCGGAAGAGCAUGAGGAAACAUUGUUGUCUAUUCCUUUGAAUAAUUGUUUGAAUUUUAAAAACAUGAGCACUGAAUUCAAAGAAUUAAUUUUGGAAUUGGAACAAUUUAAAGAUGAGCAGCUUGAUGACGGACAAGAAUUGUCCACACAGUGGAAAGGAACAAAUAUGUUUGAGAAUCGAUUGGUUGUGUUUUAUUUAUUUCUGAUUCAUGAACUGUUUGUGAUGAAGGAGUCGAGUAUUUAUUUUCCAUACUUGAACAUGUUACCACAAAAUUUUACUACGGCUAUUUAUUUUGAUGAGGAUGAUUUGAAUGAGCUGCGAGGUACCAAUCUCUAUAAAUCUGUCACCAGUAUUAAGGACAAUUUGAAUCAUGUAUUCAAUUCGAAAGUGACCUUUUUAAAAGAAAGAAGAAAAAAUCUUAUUGACGAUAAUUAUACCUUUGAAAGGUUUAUGUGGGCGUUUUCUGCCGUUUGGUCUAGAGUUUUUCCUAUUGAAUAUGUCGAAAAUAAUGAGAAGGUGAUCGUUCCAACACUGUUACCGAUGGUGGACAUUUUGAAUCACAAAUUUAAUGCCAAAAUUACAUAUUUCACAGGAUCUGAUGGCAAGUUCUAUUUAAAAACUAGAGAAUCUCUUAAAAAAGGCGACUCUGUUUACAACAACUAUGGAGCUAAAAGCAAUGACUCUUUUUUACUAAGUUAUGGGUUUGUAAUUCCCGAAAAUUCUGAAGAUACUCUUUAUGUACAAUUUGGAAUUUCAGAUACCAACGAUGAAGAGUUAAUUUUAUGUAAAAAGAAAUAUCUUGAAGAGAAUUCUUUGAAACUUGGAUAUUAUCUGAAAAAGAAAGAUUUACCAGAUGACAUGCUGGAUGCUAUUCGAAUUUGUGUAAUGGAUGAAGAAGACUUUUAUUUCGCGAAACAAUUCGAUAUCGAUCAUCAUCGAAAAACUGCUGGAAUGUUUAGAUUUAAUGUGAAAAAUGAGUUUAAUACUCUACGGACACUUAGAUCUCUCUUCGUGUCAAAACGAGCUGUAUUCUCGACUUCUCUUGAAGAAGACUUACAACAACUGCAACAAGAAAAGCGAUAUAACAUGAGAAAUAUUCUUGUGUAUCGUAUUGGCCAAAAAUAUAUAAUAGAAAACGUUUUGAAAUUCAUCGAUCAAUCAAUGGCGAAUUUAGUAAUGGCUCACUCUCAUUUCCUUCCAAGGUCUAAAUGCAGUAACAACUUGUUGGACAGUUUUAACCAUUUGUUGUUAGAGAACUCUGGAAAAAUUGCAAUAGAGUUCAUUGAAAACGAAGGAUUUUGCACAAUUUCUACCCAAAACAUUUCAAAAGGAGAUACUCUACUCAUUAUCAAGUCAGAAGAAAUGAUUGACGCAGAUUGCGCCUUAGAUUCUCCAAUAGGUGAAUACUUUGCCACUGCUCGUGACGACAAUGAAGAUUGCAACUCUUUGGACGACGAAAUGGCCGUAAUUUUUUACAUUCUUUUUGAAUUAUUUUCUUCCUCCAUGAAGACCAAUAACCACUCCAUAUUUUUUAAUGAGAUUGUGAAAAAACUGCCCACGUACCAGUUUCCUUUAGUUGCAGAACAAUAUGAGCACGAAUUGGAAGGCACUACGGCCUGGCUAUUUAUUCAAAAAACUCGAGAAGGACUACUUCAAACUUUUGAAGAAGUCAAAACUUGCUUGGUGAAUUCUGGGUUGAAGGACGAGGGAAUUCUAACUUUUGAGAACUUUCUUGUUGCAUAUUCAAUAUAUGAUUUGUUCUGUGUUGGAAUGGAGACUGUUGUUCCAUUGCCCACUCCUAUCGCUUGUCUUCCACAUUUCUUGCGUGAAUUUGAUGAGGGCAAUUUAAUUGUCAAAAGUCUAGUUGACAUUGAAAAGAACACAUUAAUUCCCAAUUCCGUCCUGUCACUUAUCAAGCCAAUCGAGGAAAUUUUUCUUUACAACAUUAUCCCAAUAGAUAAACGAGCACGAUCAUACUGGGCGUAUGUAGCAGAAAUUGACCUCGAGUCGAUGGAAUCUCUUGUAACUCAAGAAAAAUUAGAGGCUCUGAAUAGAAUCAACAACUUGUCAUUUCGACAUUAUUUGAGAAACGAGACCAAUUCUGACAGGAUCGUUCAACAAUUAUGCAUUUUACUUUCGUCAGAUGAAGAAUUGGUUAAUAAUCCUGAUUUAUCAUGCAAAGGAUUUUCUCAAAAAGUCCAAGCACAAGUUUGCCAAAUUAUGGACAUGAUGAGAACAAAUUUCGAACAACAAUUCAUUACAACCGUGGAACAAGAUGAAGCUCUUCUCAAGACAGAGGUCACUUCUUUCCUUCAAAAUAUUAUCGAAUAUCGAUUACUCUCCAAGAGAAUGGUCAAGAACCUCCAUUGUUGA